AAAAAUCUUUGUUUACAAUCAUAACCACCCUACCUCACUUGCUAUAUAUACCCCCCACUUACACAUUUCAUUCUCCCCAACUCUCUUCUCUUUAUUUUUUAGCCUUCCUAUCUCUCUGCAGACUUCAGGAAACGUGUAACUUAAUCACAAAACAAGUGUACAUGGUCGAUAUUCAGAUCCCGACCACGUUUGAUCCAUUUUCGGAGGCUAAAGAAUCGGAUGCGCCGGGUGCGAAAGAGUAUGUCCAUAUUCGGAUACAACAAAGAAAUGGAAAGAAGAGCCUAACAACAGUGCAAGGGCUGAAGAAAGAAUUCAGCUAUGAGAAGAUUCUUAAAGACCUCAAAAAAGAGUUUUGUUGCAAUGGAAAUGUUGUGAAUUGCAAGGAGCUUGGUAAGAUUAUACAGCUCCAAGGUGAUCAACGCAAAAAUGUUACACACUUUCUUGUUCAUGCUGGUCUUGUCAGAAAGGACAACAUCAAGAUUCAUGGUUUCUGAUCAAGAUUAAUUCAUGUUUGUGUUUUCUAUUACUAUAUGCAUGCUAGUGUUAAUCAAAGUUGCUCAAGUUUGAUUUGAGAUGAAAGUGUUUAUUUAUUAAAUAAGUAAACUAAGAAUUGGAAUAUUUGGUGAUUUUUUGGUUUUGUAUGAUUGGCCAUGGAUAUUAUGUUAGGUUAUGUUUGAAUUAAUGAAUGCAAGACACCUUACCAAAUAA